UUGGUAAUUCUUAUUGGCUGCUUGGAACCACAUGACUCGAGGACCACGUGACCCGCUAUGAUAGUAAUGGCGGCGCCCUGUUCGGCGGCAAGAACAGCAGGACUCGGUGGUUUUCUUCGCAGAAUUUAUUAUCUGGAAAGCUGUGGUCCCUCGGCUGCCCUCCAGUGUCAGCAACAUCGAUGUUUCUUUUGGAAGAAAUGGAAAAACUCCCAGUCUCACAAUGUAGUACGUCCAGCUACUGUUAGACCGGCCUAUGCAGUACCCAAGCACAUUGUGCGUCCUGACUAUGUGGGAACUGGUCUGGUCCCAGAAUGGCCAGACUACAUAGAAAUCAAUGACCAGGAGCAGAUCGAAGGCCUUGCCAGAGCGUGUCAGUUGGCCAGAAAUGUACUGCUCCUCGCUGGACGAAAUCUGAAGGUGGGUAUGACAACAGAUGAAAUUGACUUCAUUGUGCAUCAGGAGACGAUCAGACACAACGCUUACCCAUCGCCUCUCAGAUAUGGAGGUUUCCCAAAGUCAGUCUGCACCUCAGUCAACAACGUGGUCUGUCAUGGCAUACCUGACAGUCGACAACUACAAGAUGGAGACAUUAUCAACAUCGAUGUCACUGUGUUUUUAGAUGGUUACCAUGGUGAUACCUCAGAAACCUUCUUGAUUGGCAAGGUGGAUGAGGUGGGACGGCGACUAGUGGAAACUGCCAGACGAUGCAGAGAUGAGGCCAUCGCUGUCUGCAGACCAGGGGCUCAGCUGUGUGUUAUAGGAAACACUAUUAGUGAAAUUGCUCAGGCCAGUGGGUUCCAGGUGUGUCCGUACUUUAUUGGACAUGGAAUCGGCUCCAAUUUUCAUUGUCAUCCUGAGAUCUGGCACCAUGCAAAUGACAAUAACAUGACCAUGGAAGAAGGGAUGGCUUUCACAAUAGAGCCCAUACUGAUGGAGGGGUCUGCAGAGUUUAAGAUCCUAAAGGACAAAUGGACCGCAGUGUCUGUAGAUGACAAAAGGUCGGCUCAGUUUGAACACACAGUGGUCAUCACAUCUGACGGAGUGGAGAUUCUUACUAAACUGCCAGAAGAGGAUGAAGUGUGAUGUGAAGAAAUCGAACUGAUGAUGAUUAACUGUUAGAAAAGUGUUGAAACAAGGGUUUAAGCUUCCGUUUGUGGUAAAAACAUGAUACACAAGCUUGAAUAUUAGUUAAUCAGGACUUAUUUUUACAGGUUUGCUGUUUCUAACUUAAAAAUGUACAAAAUAAAUUAAACUUACGGUUUUAUUGUAUGUUGAAAUAUUAAAUUGGUGUUAAAGUGCAGUAUGUAGACACUACAAAGUCAAAAGCUUUUCUCAGAGGAAUGAGCUACUCAGGCUUACAAUGGUCUGUUCAUUUUGUUUAUUGCUUAUGUUUCCUUAAUUUAAUUUCCUUUUUCUCACCAUUAUUGUAACAAUAUAUUGACUCAGUUUUGGAAUGAACAAGCAGUGAACUGACAAAGGUUAAAAAAGCUUUUAUUACAAAAAGCGAAAAAUCUUCGAAAUUUCAGAUUUAGAAACAAAAACUUAUCAACAAAUUAAAUUUUUACGAGAAGUAGUACAGGGUGACCUUACAGUUUUUGUACAGUAAUGGAAGUAAAUAAAGUAUUGUCUCUAUCUUUAACAGAAAGUUAAAACACCUUCUGAAGCAUCCUUUGAACAUUAGUAUUUAUAAAUCCACAAAAGCUGAAUAACAAAGCAAUAAACAAAAUAAAUACAUGACAAACAAAUCAUAACCCUUAAAAUUAUAGCUCAUUUACAUAAAUAAAGGUGAUGGAGGUGCUUUUAUGCAUGAAAGAUAAUACAAAAGCUUAAAAGGAAAAAUAAUGGCAUUAAAACAAUGAAGGUAUGACAUUAAGACAGAGAAAAUAGAGUAGAAAAACAGAUAAAUAAUGGAAACACGACAUGAUAACCUAGGAUUAAAAAAAACACUUGAGGAAAAAGCAAUAUUUAAUUUUGAACUAGUUUCACAUUUAUACAUUUAGAGACACAAAAAUAGUGGUUACAGGUUCAACUCAUUUCUAAAAUU